ACCAAGACCAGGUGAUGGUGGUGUAGAACUGUUUAGAAAUUAUGAAAAAAUGCAAAAAUUGAAACGAAAUAUAGGUCCUAGAAUCCUACUUGAUCUAGAGGUUCUAUCUAAGUAUCAUGAAAGCACUACAAUUGAAAUUCUUGUAGUCCCUUUCAAUAAUAAAAUUUACCUCUGA